CCUUCUAUCCAAUUCUCUCAUUCAAACCAAAAAAAAAAAAACUGAGAAAAAACAUUUUUGAAAAAAAAAUGGUGGAUUCAGAUUGGAAGACGAAGAUGGUUUCAUCAGACUUACCCACCAACAAGUCCCCGAAGCUCUCUCCCAAACCCCGCGUCACGAUUCCGGCGGUUCCGAUCAACGUCCCUGCAUUGUCGCCGGUGUCCUGUUCCAGCUCCGCCGCUUGCUCUGCCUACGAGCUCUAUCUCCGCCUCCCGGAGCUCAGGAGUCUCUGGUCCUCCAGAGGUUUCCCUCUGUGGAAUUCCGAGCCCGUCCUGAAGCCGGCUCUUCAGGCGCUCGAGAUCACUUUCCGACUGAUCCUCGCCGUCUUCUCCGACGAGAGGCCGUACACCAAUCGUCGAGAGUGGAGGCGGAGGCUGGAGAUGCUGGCCACGAGCCAGGUCCAGUUGGUGGCGGCGAUCUGCGAGGACGACGCCGAGGCGGAGGAGGCAGAUAACGGUGGGUUAGCUCCGGUGGGAGAUCGCCGGAGCGAGCUCAGCUUGCUUCCUCAGCUCGCCACGUGGCGUAAGACGGAAGACGUUGGGUUGAAGAUCCUGAGCACUAUCGACACCGAGAUGCGGCGGAGCAGGUACGCGCUAGGGUUGGGCGAACGGAAUCUCACCGGGAAAAAGUAUCUCCGGUAUGACGCCGUCUGCCGGCCGAACGAAAUUCACAGCCUCAAGAACAAUCCAUUCUCCGAUCACAUCGACAACCGCGAGAAUCAGAUACUAUACACAGUUCAUCAGAUCCUCGAAUCGUGGAUUCAAACCUCUUUGGUUCUCCUAAACCGGAUCGAAUCCAGGAUAGGGGAGGGGAAAUUUGAAGAGGCGUCGAGCGAUGUGUACUUGCUCGAGCGUAUCUGGAAGCUUCUCUCGGAGAUCGAAGAUCUCCACCUCCUGAUGGACCCGGAUGAUUUCCUGAAGCUGAAGAAUCAAAUACAGAUCAAAUCGUCCUCACACAACGACGCGUUCUGCUUCAGAUCGAGAGGGAUCGUGGAGAUGGCGAAGAGGUCGAAGGAGCUCCGGCAGAAAGUUCCGGCGGUCCUCGCCGUGGAGGUGGACCCCGCCGGAGGGCCGCGGCUGCAGGACGCGGCGAUGAGGCUUUACGCGAGGAAGAGGGAACCGGAGAAGAUCCACCUGCUUCAGGGGAUGCAGGCGGCGGAGGCGGCCGCGAAGCGGUUCUUCUUCGCCUAUCGGCAGCUUGUGGCUACGGUGAUGGGGAGCGCUGAGGCGACGGCGAGUCACGAUCCGAGUGACUCGCUGACGCGAGCGGUCAUGGAGCCCACUUACUUCCCCAGCUUGGAUGCCGCCAAGACGUUUCUUGGAGAAUUCUGGGGCCGUUGGGGAGCGACGACUGAUUAAUUAACAC